ACGUCUUCCAAUUAUUCUCUUCACCCUCUCUGGUUUUUUUUUUGCUCAGAUCUCAACUUUUUUUCAAAAUGGGGAAUUGUAUCUCCCUCUCAAUAAAUUUGGAUGAACCGGUGAAGGAAGUCUAUAGAUGGCUAGUUAAGCAAGCUCGAACACGAUCGGCGGAGGAACUACCUCUUCAAGCGACAAUUGUUGGUCAAGAGAAAAUGCUCAAGAAAGCAUGGAAACAUCUCAUGGAAGAUGAAGUUGGUCUUAUAGGUAUGCACGGUAUGGGCGGUGUUGGGAAGACAACUCUUCUCACACAGAUCAACAAUAAGUUAAGUAAGAGUAGACGUGGAUUUGAUUACGUUAUUUGGGUUGUGGUGUCUAAAGAAUUGCAGAUAGAGAAGAUUCAAGAUGGUAUCGCUGAAAAAGUUGGUCUUGGUGGAGAGGAGUGGAACCAAAAAGAUAAAGGUCAAAAGGCGGUUCAUUUAUUCAAUUUCUUAAAGAAAAAGAAAUUUGUGUUGUUUUUAGAUGACAUAUGGGAGAAGGUGGAAUUAGCUGAGAUCGGAGUUCCGGAUCCAAGAUCACAAAAAGGAUGCAAAGUGGCAUUUACCACUCGUUCUCAGGAUGUAUGUGGACGCAUGGGGGUUGAAAACCCAAUGGAAGUCCGAUGCUUGGACGAAACAGAUGCAUUUGAUUUGUUCCAAAAGAAGGUUGGAGAAACAACACUUGGAAGCGACCCUGGAAUCCCUGAACUUGCGAGAACAGUUGCAAAAAAAUGUUGUGGCCUACCAUUGGCUCUCAACAUCAUAGGCGAGACCAUGUCAUGCAAGAAGACGGUACAAGAAUGGCGUAACGCUAUAAAUGUUUUGAAUUCAUACGCUGCAGAGUUUGAUGGCAUGGAGGAUAAGGUCCUUCCGCUUUUGAAAUUUAGCUACGAUAGCCUUAACGGGGAGCAUGUCAAAUCGUGUUUACUAUAUUGCGCAUUAUAUCCGGAAGAUGCUAGAAUUGUGAAAGAAGAAUUGAUAGAGCACUGGAUAUGCGGGGAAAUCACAGAUGGAAGUGAAGGUAUAGAAAGGGCUGAAGACGAGGGUUAUGAGAUUAUUGGUAGUCUUGUCCGCGCAUCAUUGUUGAUGGAGUGGGGUGAAAGGGGACGAGGUGUUGUAUGUAUGCAUGAUGUUGUUCGUGAAAUGGCCCUAUGGAUUGCUUCUGAAAUGGGAAAACAAAAAGAGGCCUUUGUUGUGCAUGCAGGUGUUGGGUUACUUGAAAUUCCAAAGGUUAAGAAUUGGAACGUUGUGAGAAGGAUGUCAUUAAGGGAUAAUAAGAUUGUUCAUCUCGUUGGCAGUCCUGAAUGUAUGGAACUCACAACUUUGCUCCUGGGAAGGGGAGAAUAUGGAAGAAUCUCGAGUGAAUUCUUCAAUUACAUGCCAAAGCUAGCUGUUUUGGAUCUAUGGUGUAAUCGAAGUCUCUCUGAAUUGCCAGAAGGAAUAUCAAAUCUAGUUUCCUUGCAAUAUCUCAACUUGUCAUUCACCAGUAUACCUUGUUUGCCAAAGAAGGUACUACAAGCGUUGAAAAAACUAAUUCACUUGGAUUUGCAGUAUACAUCAAAGCUUAAAAGUAUUGUUGGGAUAUCAGAUCUGUAUAGUUUGAAAGUUUUGAAAUUACGUGGAUCUGAUUUACCAUGGGAUCUCGACACAGUGAAGGAGUUGGAAACUUUGGAACAUUUAGAAAUUUUGACCAUAAGUUUCAAUGUUGCUCCAAGUCUGGAACGUUUUUUGAGCUCUCCUAAGCUGAAGAGUAUUACAAGAUCUCUAGUGAUCUCUGAAGAAUUUGUAUCAUCACCAAAUAGAAAUCAUGAAUCAACUGGAAUAUCACUUUCAGGAUCUAUGGACAAGCUUCGGGAAUUCAGAAUUGAGAGCUGCCGUAUCCCUGAGAUAAAGAUCGGAAGAAUAUGCAGCUUCUUGAGCCUUGUCAGAGUGUAUAUAAUAGAUUGUGAUAGCUUGAAGGAAUUGACGUUUCUGAUGUUCGCUCCAAAUCUUAGAAUUCUUCAAGUUCGGGAAGCAAAAGACCUAGAAGAUAUAAUAAAAGAAGAGAAAGCGUGUGAAGUUGAAGAAUCAGGGAUUGUUCCUUUCCAAAAGCUGAAUGUUCUUUGUUUAGAAAAUCUACCGAAGCUGAAGAAUAUAUAUUGGAGUCCUCUACCCUUUCCAUGUCUAGAGAAAAUCGAUGUAAGGAAUUGUCCAAAUCUGAAUUCGAUUCCAAAAGUGGCAAGCAGGGUGAAAAUGGAUUAAAGGGUUAUUGAUUCAAGAAGAAGGAGACCCAAUUGAGGUGAGUGGGAAGUUGAUAAUGUCGCCAGUUGUGUUAAUAAUUUGUUCAAAAGGGAAACUUUCUAUCUCUUUUAUCUAUGUGAAAUCUGUAUCAUGCUCUGUAUUGCAUUAUGUGAAAUCUGUAUCAUACUCUGUAUUGCUUUCUGUGUGUUUUUAUUAUUAUUUAAAGACUAGUGAUGAUGAAUGGCUUUGAAUUGAUCAGCAUUUCCGAUU